UAUCUCAAAGUUUAAAUUAAUUUACACCUUAUUGUUAAUUCUGCCUCUGUGGUAACUUCUAGCAUAUGGGUGGACCACAACACCAUAAUUACUAGUCAAGCACAGCUACAGUCCCUACAGUCUAGCUGGGUGACUAGUACAGUCAUUACGGUAAAUGUGGGCUGCGGAGCGUCUCUAUGUCCGACAGACCAGGAGUUGCACUGAAGACACUGCACCGGACAGGUCUCGGAUGUUAUCCUUUCUACUGAGCCACGGACAACAUCCCAUCUAGCCAGGUGCAACUACGAGGCUGCCACUCCUUGGCUUUUAGUAUUCCUCUGACAAUCGUGACGUCGACCCUGUGAGAUUUGGAGAGAGAACAGAUUUUUUUUUUGCAUCCAGCUUGAUUUAUCUGAAGUCUCACCACCCACACCAACUGACCAGCCAGAAGGAGAAACCCCAUCCCUUGCCCACCCUCCCCUGCUGCUAGCUAGCACCAGCAUGGCAGACAGUCGACAGCCAGAAGAUGGUGCCCCCCAGUGGGAUCCAUCAGGAGGGCAGGAGCCCGCUAGCCCCCACGGAGCCAAUGGCUACUCUUCGUCAGCAUACAGGACCUGCCAGCCUGGCGGUGCACACAUGGCCACGGCCUCCUACUCCACCAGGGAGAACGGUUUCAAUGGGGAACUUACUGGGGCUCACGCUAUAACUGCAGAGCAAGUGUCAGCACGGAUCGUGCAAGAAGUGACGGCAGAGGCAGUAGCAGUACUCAAGGGAGAACAGGAGACUCAAAGGCUGCCAUCAGUUGAAGACACCACCAAUUUGCCUCCCUCUCCUCCCCCCUCACCUGCUGCAGAGCAUUUUGGUCCUCUGGAACAAGAUGUAGGGGAUGAGGAGGAGGCGGGCCCUCUCCGUCGCUUCCAAAAUUCUCGGGAGAGGUGCAAGUUCCUCGCCCCCUCCAUCUCAGUUUCCGUGCCCGAGGACGACCCCUACCACUCCGACGAGGAGUACUAUGAGCACCCUUUGUUCAGCCCAGAGUGGACGCACUCGGGCUCUCGCCCCACAGGGCAGGCCGUGGCCUUUAGACAGAUUGAAGAAGAGACCAUGGAGGCUCUUACAGCUGAAUACGAGGAGGAGGUGGAAGAGGAGGAGGAGGAGGAGGAGGAGGAGAGUGCAGAGGCAGCAGAGUCCGAGGCAGCUCUUGAUGAGCAGCAAUGGAGUGGGGAAGAGCCUGAGCUGGACAGCCCCCAAGCUGAGCCCUUAGAGCAGGCAGAGGCCAUAGACGAGGCUCAGGACCUAGACCUGGAGCCGGCCGAAGCAGCUAGUGCUGCUGCAGAGAGCUCUAUGGGCAGAGAGGAGGAGGAAGCAGAGGGUGGGGAGAGCCCUGAGACAGCUUUGAAGAUGGACUCAGACAAGCAGGGCAGUGGGUCCAUGAGCCCAGACAGCAUUGGAUCAGAGAAACGCCCAGAGGAGUUUUUUGAGCCCCAGAUCCAAGGGUUCUUUGCUGGUGAACGAGUUGUACCAGAGAGCCCCACCAUGGAUAUGCCGUCCUUUGUACCUCAGAAUGUUCAAAACCAAGCCAAAGAAUCUGCCAGAUCACUCACACUUCAGCCUACCUAUGGUGAACCAAUCACCGUGUCAGAGAAGCAGCCAUCGGUGGAGGUGGUGGAGUUCAGCACCAUUGGUGCACCUUCUGAUUUCUCUUCAAUAGGAGUCAAAGUUCAAGGAGGAGACUUGGCGAGUGAGGCAAGAGACAGAUCUGGCAUGUCAGCAUAUUUUGAGACAUCAGCCACAGAGGCUGAUGAGGUUCCACAAUGUAAGGGUGAGGGUUAUUAUGAACUGAGCAGAGCUGGUGAAGAGAAGAGUACAACUGAGAUCAGUUACAGCACACUAGUUGAAGCCCAGGAUAAAUCUGAUAUUAAUAAAAGUACAACAGAAGACACUGGAGCAUUCACAGUUCCUUACAGGAGUAAUGAAUGCAGGCUUUCCCCAGGUAAACUGGCCUUAGAGCAGAGAAGUUACUCACUUAACAUCACCAUUGGAGCAAUGGAUCAAAGUGGCCAAGGCAGACCAAGGAACUUCUCCCCACUCGCCACAGAUAUCAUGGCAUACACUAGUGGAAGUCUAGAUGAGUCAGCAGACUACCUCCCAGUCACUACACCCUCUGUGGAUAAGCCUCCAUCCUUCCCACCCCUGAUCCUGGAGACUGCAGCGUCUGUCACCUCAGAUUCCUCAUCUCCUCCAAGGACCACUGAACCGGUUUCAAAACCCAGCUCUGAACCAGAGUCACCAGAAUCACCACAGCCCCCCAAGGGCACCUAUAAAAAUGGCACAGUGAUGGCCCAAGAUUUGCCUGAGAUGCUGGACCUUGCUGGUACCCGUUCCAGACUGGCAUCAGAAAACACUGACCCAGAAAUUAUCCGGAGAAAAUCAAUUCAAGCUGAUGUCCCUGUCCUCUCUGAUGACCCACUGGCUAACCUAGUUUCAGGGGAACAGAGUCCUGGGGCCAGAAAAAGUGAGAGCCAGCUGGAAGAGAUGGGCUAUUGUGUCUUCAGUGAGUAUUCAGGGCCCAUGCCAUCCCCUGCAGAUGUGUUUAGCCCUACAGACACUUCUGCACAGGUCUUCGCCCCCUCUGUUUUGGAGGAGAAAGUGGCAGAACAGGCAAGGAAAUUAGCUGUCAGAGACACAUCUGUGGAGGGCAAGAGCCAGCCAUUGGGAGCUGCUGAAGUCACUGAAGAGAAAGACCAGAAGCAGGCAGAGAGAAAAGAUUCCUCUGAAGAAAAAAGCAAGGAGAUUGCAGAUGGUCAGCUUCCUAAACCUGCAAGUGAACAGGAGAAACCAUUGGCACAGCCAAGUGAGUCCUUUGUGACACCAACGGUCACUGUGACUCUAGAAGAAGGUGGGAGGUCAGUGAGUGAGACUGAACGACAAGCCAGUGGUGAAGGCUCAGCAUCAGAAACCGAGAUUGCUGACUAUGAGAGGCAGAUCCGCAAAUUGGAGAUGGAGGACAGGCCUCUCAGUUUGGAAGAAGAGCGAGAACUACAGGAGCUUCGGGAGAAGGUGAAGCUGGUCCACCAGGAGGCCUAUGAGGAAGUUGAUGCUGAGGAUGUGUACCAACUAACCGGCGUGGCCAAGGACAGAAUUGCAAGGCCUGUUAAAACUUCACCUGCUUCAUCUGUGGAGAGCAACAUUGACGAUGACAAGCUGCUCUCCCCAGUGCUGUCACCCUCUAAGCUUAAACAAAGAGAGAUGUAUGGCUCCCCAAAAAGAGCACCUUCACCAGUGUUAGGAAUUAACAAAGAGGAGAAAGUGAAAGAGGAAUCAGAAAGAAAAGUAAAAGAAGAACAAGAGAGGGAAGCAGCUGCGAAGAAAAUGAAAGAAGAAAAAGAGGAGGCAGAGAAGAAAUCCAGGGAAGAGGCAGAAAAGAAAGCAAAGGAAGUGAAAGAGAGAGAAGAGAGGGAAAGGAGAGAGAAAGAAGAAAGAGAGAAAGAAGAGGCAGAGAGGAUACUGAAGGAAGAAAAAGAAAGGAAAGAGAAAGAACAGAAAGAGCAGGAGAUGAAAGAGAAAUUGGAGAAAGAAAAGAAAGAGAAAGAGGAGAGAGAAAGGAAAGAGAAAGAAGAGAAAGAGAAGAAAGAAAGAGAAGAAAGGGAAAGGAUGGAGCAAGAGGAGAGAGAAAAGGUAGCAAGAGAGGAAAAAGAAAGAAUAGAUAAAGAGUUGAGAGAGAAGCAAGAGAAAGAAAAGAUAGAGAGGGAACUGAAAGAGAAGGAAGAGAAAGAAAAGAUAGAAAAGGAACUAAAAGAGAAGGAAGAGAAAGAAAAGAGAGAGAGGGAACUAAAAGAGAGAGAAGAGAAAGAAAAGCUAGAAAGGGAACAAAAAGAGAAGGAAGAAAAAGAGAAGUUAGAAAGGGAACUGAAAGAGAAAGAAGAGAGAGAGAAAGUGGCUGACAUGGAAGAGAAGGCAAGACAACCAGAGGAGAAAGCAGUCGUGACACCUGCCGAGAAAGAAGCUGAAAAACCUGUGAAAGAUGAGAGGGAGAAAGAGGGAGGGGAGGAAGACAUGUUAGAGAAAGCAGGGGCAGGUGCUGGGGCAGCGGUUGUAAAGGAGAUCCUGGAGACUCGUGCUGCCAUUGAAUCAGUGGUGACAGUUGAAGACGAUUUCAUCACUGUGGUCCAGACCAUUGAUGAAGCAGAUGAGCCGGGACAUAGCGUUCGGUUCUCAGCUCCACCUGAGGCUGAAGUCCUUUGUGUUGCUUCCCGGAAAGAGGAGGAGGAGGAAGAGGAAGAAUCUGUGGAGCUGGCCCAAGAAGCAGACAUGGAGGCUGCCAGUCUAGAAGAUGUGGGUGAUGUUUCUGAGACCCCUGCCUCCCCUGAGAGGGAGGCUCAAACCAUAGAAACAGAAGGCCCAACAGAAAGCUAUGAUAGAGACGAGACUACAAUGGAUGACUCCAUCCUGGACAGCUCCUGGGUUGAUACACAAGAUGAUGAUAAGAGUAUGGUAACUGAGCAGAUUGAGCCUUUGCCAAAGGUACCCAGUCCAGUCAAAAAGCCUGGUGUAGAAAAGCCAGUCAAACCAAAGGCCAGGGGAGGGCGGGCUAGAGGUCGAAUCUCCACGCCAGAGCGCAAACCUGUCCGCAAAGAACCUGUCUACAUCCCCAGAGAGGAAGUGAAGAAGAAAAAAGCUGUGAUAAGGAAGACUGAGCUUACCAAAAAAAUGGAGGCUCAAACUCAAUCCCCAUCCAAGAGGAUCAUGAUAAAACCAGCAGUGCGUGAGACCCGCCCCACCCAGCACCACUCCUGCCCCAGGAGGAGACCCACAGAGGCCCUACCAGACGGCCGUCAGCCUCUCAGUGUUGCAAGACAGUCUCGUGACAGAGCAUCGGAUGGUGGAUCACGGAGCCCAGACAAGAGGUCCUCCCUGCCAAGGCAUGCCUCCAUUCUUAGUCGCCGUGGGUACCAUGACCAUGAGGAUAGUUCCACCUCCAUCACCAGCUCUGGCUCCACAGCUCCCCGCAGACCCACAUCUUUUCGCACUGAGAUGAGGGCAGAGCAUAGGACAGGACGAGCCCCUAGUAUGACAGUGACAGAAUCAGUGCGCUCCCGUUCAGCUCGCAGUGGCCACUCCACCCCCCGCACCCCUGGCUCCACAGCCAUCACCCCAGGGACCCCUCCUAGCUACUCAUCAUCUUCAAGGACCCCUGGAACACCUCGCUCCCUCAGCUUGAUCUCCCAGGAGAGGAAGGUGGCCGUAGUCCGCACCCCACCCAAGUCGCCUGCAACCACACCCAAGCAGCUUCGCAUCAUCAACCAGCCACUGCCUGACUUCAAGAACAUCAAGUCCAAGAUCGGCUCCACGGAGAAUAUCAAGUACCAGCCCAAAGGAGGACAGAUUCAUAUUUUAAACAAGAGGGUGGACUUCAGUCACGUACUGUCAAAAUGCAGCUCCAAGGAUAAUCUGAAGCACUCUCCCCGUGGAGGCAAUGUGCAGAUACAGAAUAAGAAGAUUGACUUGAGCCAUGUGACCUCCAAGUGUGGCUCUCUAGACAACAUCCAUCAUCGGCCAGGGGGCGGUAACGUGCGUAUAGAGAGUGUGAAGUUGGACUUCAAAGACAAAGCCCAAGCCAAGGUGGGUUCCCUGGAUAAUGCUCACCACAUUCCUGGUGGAGGCCGCAUAACGAUUGAGAGCCACAGGCUGACAUUUCGCGACCAUGCCAAGGCCCGAGUGGACCACGGAGCCGAGAUUGUCAUCCAGUCGCCAGGCCUGUCUGGCUCAGUGUCACCCCACCGCCACCGGGACAGCCACCUAUCCUCCUCCGGCAGCCUCAACAUGAUGGAGUCGCCGCAAUUAGCGACCCUGGCUGAGGAUGUCACUGCGGCUCUGGCUAAGCAGGGUUUGUGAACACUGGAUCUGUGGGCUCAUCCUCUGCACCCCCAGACAUCCUCAACCCGAUCCUCUCAAACUUUUCUGGCCACUCCUGCCACCCUGAGGCCAACCUCUGCUAAAUCACAGCCUCUGACCAUCUCCACUUCAAGAUCCAUCUCUCGAAUCUAAGUAGAGACUUGAAUUAGGAGCUACUGUCCUUUGGUCCUCUUAAUUUCCUUUCUAUUUUAAACCCAAAUAUGUGUUAUUUCUGAUUCACUUUGUUGGCCUCUCUCUCUUUGAAUGAUGUUGCAUAGAAUAGUUUAGUCUGAGCACUGGUCCUAGAUAAGAUGUAAGGACCAGGUAUUGGCUUGACUGGCCCCGGAUCAGUGUUUUGAAGAAGCUACCACCUUUUUUCUACAUUAAAUAAGAAGUAAUGUGGCCAGCACACCAUGCAGCACGUGUUGUUCUUGCUCAGUAACCGUGCAUGGACGCCAAAUCCCCUAACAAACCAAGCAUCCUUACUGCAAGUCAUUCUUGUCAUCCAAUAUAUAAUAUAUUUAACAAAUAUAUAUAAAAAUAUGUAUAAAAAUACAAGUUCUUUGCCAUCUAAAUCUCCUCAAAACAUUUUAAAAGGAAGUGACAAUAUGGCUAUAAAAUAUACCUGUAAAAUUGCAUUAAUGCAAGAACUAGGUCUAUGUUAUGACAAGCAUGUAUUGAUUCAAAUAUUAAAAGAGGCUAUUUUGUAACUUAAAAAAGGAUUUUAGUAAGUUAUUUCCUCAAUUAUUGGAUAAAGAUUAAACAAGUUCAUGUUUUGUAGUUAUUAGUUGUUUACAGUGUAAUGCUUGGUGACAGUGUCAGACAGCUGAUUUGGUGUUGCUAAGGAAUGCAUUUCAGUCCUGUUGACGAGCAUUACACACUUGUACCUGCUGAGUAGUUCAAUAUAGAAGCCUGUUUAUACAUCGGAACAAUAUUAAACACUGGAGUCCGUUCCACAAACCUCCAUCCAAAAAAGACACAGCUAAAAGUGUGUUGUCUUUACAGCUACAGAUAAUCAGCUUUCAUGAAUGAACAGUAUGGACAUUUCUCUGCUAACAGACUGAUGCUGCACUCAUGGGGACUCUUCUGCCCUCUGAAUCACAGAAGAAGAUGCAACAGUUUGCAAGCUGAGAUUUAGCAGAAGAGCAGCUACUCUGAAAUCUGUCUGUGUGUGCGUGUGUGUGUGUGCAUUUGGUGCCGAUCCCCUGUUGUUUUACCACAGAUGCUACUGUAUCUGGAUGUUUUGUUGCAAUAUGUGGGAGAUGUUUUUUUCCAUUUUUUUUUCUUUCUUUUUUUUUUGAAAAAUCAAUUUAAAAGACACUUGAUGAAGAAAAACAAAACGAGAGGGAGCUCAGUAAGCUCCUGUUACAUCUGUUAGGAAAAGGUGUUUAGGUGAUCUAGUUUCUUUUUCAGACACCAUCUGUGGUAUAUCUUGCCUCCUGCCUAAUUACUGCCCUCAACUGCAACUGUUUGUUUGCUUCUGUGUUUUUUCUGCAUUCCCCAUCUCUGUGUGCCCCCCUCCUGCCUCCUGCUCCACCCUACAGCAACUGUAAAUGUAUUUAAAAGGUCAAGUAGAUGUACGCAGUUUUUCUCUUGUUGAGAUGACACUAAUUACAAUAAUUAAUGACAAUAAAAAGGACAAAAAGUGAUGCUGGAGUACUGUCUUUUUUUCAGAUGAGAAGACAGUAAAAGUAGUAGUCUGACAUUUUGGUGAUUUUUUUUCUUUCUGAGCUUUUUUUUUUUAGUAUUAGCUAAAAAAAUUGAUACCACUCUUAUGUCUGUUAGGUACAUAUAUAGUCAGAGCCAACAGCCUGUUAGCUCAGCUUAGUAGAAAUAGUGGAAACAGUUAGCAUUACUGUGUCCAGAGGUUACAAUAUCAACCCCCCUGCAACACUGAAGCACACUAUUUCACAUGUUAUCUCAUUUGUUUUAACCUGCACAAAACCAAGUGUAAAAAUGACAAGUUGUGUGCUAAGCUAAUUGACCGCCAGCCGUAGCUUCAUAUUUAAUAGACAGACAUGAGAAUAGUAUCAGUUCUAAUCAAUUAAUUAUACAGAUGACUUGCAUUCAAUAAAUAGUCAGAAAUUCAGAAAUAAAAUGGGAAUUUGUGAAAAUUUUAUUGUGAAAUGGCUGAGGAUACAAUAAGUUAAGACUUGGGAUGGGAUGAGUGAGGCGUGGUUUCAUUUUGAUGGCCAGUCCCGGGCCAAACUAGUCACUUCACUGGCAGAUAGAGAGCCAGACAGUAAAGUGAGAGGAGGGGAUUGCUGUUAUCCCACCUUCCCCUCCAUCACUGUUCCACUGUGAGAAAACCAGUGACGAUUUAAAAAAAAGAAAAAGAAAAAAACCCCGAAUGAGACAGAAGGACUAGGGUGAAGAUGAGGAAAGAGACAUCUCGUCUGAAAAAAAUCAGGACGGCUUCCCAAACACCAGAAGGAGGAGGAGGAG